AUGUCUGAUAUUGUUGUACCUGAUAUUGGUGAUAUUAUUAAUGGAAAAUAUCAAGUAACAAAAAGAAUCGGCGCUGGUUCAUUUGGAGCUAUUUAUGAAGUGCAAGAAUUAGAAUCAGGAAAAAUGCUCGCUGUAAAACUUGAACGACCAACAUCUCCAUCUCCACAACUUCAAUAUGAGCACAGACUAUAUCAAAUUCUUGACGGUGCAUAUGCAAUUCCUCGAGUUUACGAUUUCUGGACUGAAGAAAAUUGGAGAGGCAUGGCUAUGGAUAGAUUAGGUUGUUCACUCGGCUAUUAUUUCAGAAAAUGCGGUAAAAUUCUUUCAAUGAAGACCACUAUAAUGUGUGGAAUCCAAAUGCUUUCAAGAUUAGAAUAUUUACAUGAGAGAUCAUUUAUUCACAGAGAUAUCAAACCAGAUAAUUUUGUUUUCGGAGUAGGUAAGAAUUCUAAUUUACUAUUUCUUAUUGAUCUUGGCUUAGCCAAAAAAUACAGAGAUUUAAUUUCUCAUGCUCAUAUCACUUAUUCUGAAGAUAAAGGACUUGCCGGUACAGCACGUUAUGUCUCCAUUAAUGUUCACUACGGUGUAGAACAAUCCUGCCGCGAUGAUUUGGAAUCUGUCGGAUAUGUUUUAAUUUCAUUGAUAAAUGGUACUCUUCCAUGGCAAGGAAUGGAGGCCUGCAGUAAUAACGAGAAGUACGAACUCAUCCAACAGUCAAAAGUCAACACAACUCUCGAAACUUUGUGCGAAAACUUACCAAACGAAUUUCUCGUAUAUAUGAUGAAAGUUCGUUCGCUCCUUUUCGAUGAGAGACCUCCAUAUGCACUAUUUAGAGCACUUUUCGCUAAAGUUAUGACAGAUAAUAAUUACGCUUACGAUUACAAAUACGAUUGGAUUAUUCCGAGAGCGCAGAGACUCGAUGCAGCAUUACGAUCAACUCCAGAUGUCGGAAAAACUCCAAUUUCCGUUCAUACGAUUAAUAUCCAAGAAAUUGUCGAUACAGGCAAGCAAGUCGACUUAAUGCAGCCAUUACCAUUCUAUUCGAUCCUUACUGAUGCGGCUCUUUUCGUUGGAUUAAGUCGCAAAGCAGAAAAAGGCGAAGAAAAGAAAGAACAAAAGAAAUCGUUCACAGAACAACAGAGUAUCUUCCUUCUUGAUCCAAGGAAGAUAAGGGCACGUCCUGGAAUUCUUGAACUUGAAUUUCUCCAAAAUCCUAUUUCUAAAUAA